AUGAAGAAUAUGUUCGAUGUUACUUCAUCAACAUCAACUUCAUUAAAUAAAUCAACAAUAGAAACAAUAAAUCGUUCAAUAUCUCAAAUACCUAUGAAUGAAAAACGACGAAAUUAUCGAUUUUAUGCAGGAGAUCCUGCAAUUCAUCCAGCAGAAAAACGAUUAUAUGCAAAUGGAGAUUUUGAAGGAACACCACUUCAUGUUUCCGGAUGUCCAGAUCCACGUGAUAUAACAAGAUAUGAUCGAUCAUAUUAUGAUUUACCUGUACCAAAAUUUAAACUUGAUCGUUGUUGGGUUGGUACAAUACCAGCUAAAGAAGUAACAUUUCGAAAUUUAAAUGAUAAUAUAACAAAAAUAUAUUUAACUGAUAUGUGUAAACGUUUUGGUGAAAUUGAUGAUUGUAGAAUAUAUUAUGAUCGACAAACUAAAAAACAUCUUGGAUUAGGAACAGUAAUUUUUAAAACAACAAAAUCUGCACGUGAAUGUGUUAAUGCAUUAAAUAUGACAACAAAAAUGGGUAGUAUUAUAUCUGUAUCAUUAGAAACAUCUGGACAAGAACGUACAAAACAAUAUGCAACUAUGAUACGUGCACAAGAACAAGAAAAAGUUGCACAAGAAAAAGCAUUAGCAGCAUCAGCUGCUGCAUCACCACCACCACCACAAUUAAAUGAUUUAAAUCUUAAUAAUAAACAAACAGAUAAAUCUGUACAAUUACCUAUUAAUCAUAAAGUAACAAAUCAUUAUUCUCAAUCAUCAAAUUUAUAUUCAACACAAAAUCAUUAUCGUACAACAAAAUAUUCAUCAACAUCAUCUCGAUAUGAUUCACGUGGUCAUCAUUCCGUUAAUGAUAAUUCAGAACAAUUUUCAUUUGAUCCAUAUGGUUCAUUUGGUAAUAAUAGUAAUAAUUAUAAAUCAUCAUCAACAUCUCAUCGAUCUCGUCAUCGAUCACAUCAUCGUCGUCCAUAUUCUCAACAACAUCGACGACGACGAAAAACUAGUAGUAGUACAACAUCAUCAUCAACAUCUCGUUCAUCAUCAUCAUCAUCAACAACAUCAACAAGUUCAAGUUCAACAUCAAAAUCCUAUUCAUCAUCAUCAAGAUCAAGAUCACAUUCAAGUUAUUCAUCAAAUCAUAGUCCAAAUCAUAAAUUAACAAAUGAUUCUCGAAUAAUAAAUAAUUCGAAACAACAAAAUGAUGAUGAAGAUCAUCGUCCAAGUUUAGAUGAACGUAUAGCAGCUUUAUUUCAACAACAACAACAACAAACAACUGUUCCAACAUCUAUACCAACUAAACCUCAUCAUCGUCCAUUACCAUUACCAAAUGCUCAACUUCAAACACUUUUUUCUUAUCCACCACCACCAUUACCAACACCAUUAACAAAUGUUGUUGGUAGUCAUCAUCAUCAUCAACAAUCUUAUGGUGUUGUUAAUAAUUUUAAUUUUUUUGGUAAUUCAUUUCCACCAGCAUCAUUUUUAAAUUCAACUGGUGGAACAAAUUGGCAAGAUAUGUUUAAACAACCACCACCACCACCACCACCAUCAUCAUCAACAACAACAACAACAAAUAAUAAUCCAUCAUAUAAUACAUCAAAUGGUCUUCAACCACAUCUAAAUGAUAAUAAUGAUGAACGUGAAAGAAAAACAAAUGAUUUAACAACAGCUGUAUCAAAUAUAGUAACAGGAGAAUUAGUUGAAAUACUUCGAAAAGAUUUAUCAAAAAAAUUAAUUGAAACAUUAGUUUAUAAAUCAAUUGAAACAUGGUAUGAUAAUGAAGAACGAAAAGAUAAAAUAAGAAAAAUAAAAUCAUCAGAAAAUUCUAUACAUGAACAAAUAUUAUUAAAUAAUGAACAGUCAAAUUUAUUACAUCAUUCAAUAUCAAAUUCAUCAUUAGAACGAACACCAGAUGAAACAUCUAGUCCAAUGAUAAUACAAUCACAUAAUAAUUCUUCUUCAUCAUCAUCAACAUAUUUUGAACAUAUGAAAGAUAGUAUUGGUUCAUCUAUACUAUCACAAAUACCAAAAAUACCUUCAUUUAAAAAACGAAUCAUUCCAAAUGAAAAACCACUUCUUCCACAAAAACCAAUUGAAAAUAAAGAACCACAACAACAACAACGAUCACGAAAAAUAUCACAAAAACGUUUAAGUUCUAGUAGUAGUGAUUCAAAUAUAACACCUGAAAAUGAUGAUAGUCAAAGUCGUGAUUCAAUAUCAAUACCACAUGAUGAUAUAUCAUUAUUAGAUAUAAAAACAAAUAAUAAAUCUACUAUUGAUCAACCAACUCUUGAAGAAGAAGAAGGAGAAAUUAAAGAUGAUGAUAAUGAAGAAGAACAACAAAAUAAUUCAGCUCAAAUAGAAAUUACAUCACAACCCGAACCAUUACUCACACGACCACCAACACCACCACCACCACCACCACUAAUAUCACCAAUAAAAAAAAUUCCAAAUAAAAACAUUGUCAAACAGAAUAAAAAAUCUGGAUCAACAAAAAAACGAAAAAUAGAACAAAUUAAAAAUGAACCAAUACAAGAACAAGAUGAUAUUGAUAAUAGUACAUUAGCAAAAAGAAAGAAAAGUGCAACAAAUCUUAAUCAACUGACAAAUACAAAUAAUUCAGAUAUACAACCAACUCAAACAUUUAAUUUAUUAGAUAAUUUUUCAGAACAAGUACGAACAUUACCAAUAAAAUCUUAUAAUCCAUUUGCUUAUAUUGAAUUUGAACAUAAUUAUGCUAUUAUGGCUAAACAACCAGUACCAGUAGCUCAUCGAUUAACUAUCGAUGGUUUACAUGAUAUGGGUAUUCAAGUUCCAAUUAUAAUUCCUCCAACACCAAAAUUUCUAUCACGUGUACAUGAUGAUGAAAUGCGAAUUAUGUAUGAACUUGAUCAUGGUGUUGAUGAAGAAGAUAUGUCCUAUCUUAAACAAAGUUUUCAAAGAUUAUGUCAAGAAGGACAUUCAUGUACAACAAAAACACGUUGGGUUGAUCAUCCACCAAGUCGAGAUUCACCAUUUAUUAAACAAAUACCACAAAAACAUCGAACAGGAUGUGCAAGAACCGAAGGUUAUUAUAAAAUAAUAAAAGAUGAAAAAAUUCCACGUUUAAAAACAUCAGAUGAUUCUCAAAGUACAUCAAUACUUCCACAAGCUAUACUUGAUACAAAUCGUACAACAGGUGCACAAAUGUCACGUGAAUUACGUAGUGAACAUCGACGAAAUUUAUUAGCAUUAGGUGAUGUUGAAUUUGCUGAUCAUUUUAAAUUUAGUCAACUUAAAUUAAGAAAAAAACGUCUUCGUUAUGCUAAAUCAAGUAUACAUUCAUGGGGUUUAUUUGCUUGUGAACCAAUUGCAAUGGAAGAUAUGGUUAUUGAAUAUGUUGGUGAAACAAUUCGACAAAGUAUUGGUGAUUUACGUGAAAAAAAAUAUGAAUUAGAAGGAAUUAAUUCAAAUUAUAUGUUUCGUAUUGAUUCUGAUACAAUUGUUGAUGCAACUAAAUGUGGAAAUCUUGCACGAUUUAUUAAUCAUAGUUGUGAUCCAAAUUGUUAUGCAAAAAUAAUUCCUGUUGAAUCACAAAAGAAAAUAGUUAUCUAUUCAAAACGUGAUAUACGUCUUGGAGAAGAAAUAACAUAUGAUUAUAAAUUUCCACUUGAAGAACAAAAAAUUCCAUGUCGUUGUGGUGCACCAACAUGUCGUGGUUCACUUAAUUAA